AUGGGCGAUCCUCGUGAGAGCGCCCAAGUGGAUGAGGCCUGCCAGUCAACCUUCGAGCAGGCCGUGGCCUUAUCGCUACACAUGUGGCCGGCGCUGUCCCUUGCCGUCCAGAACAACUGGGGCGGCCCGGACUCGACCGACAAGAGGGACUGGUUUGCCGGCGCCGUCGCCGAGGCCUUCCCCGAGUUCUCCAAGAUCACAAAUGGCCAGGCCGUCCCCGCCGCCAACGCCCCCGAAGAGCCCGACACCGAGUACGUCGAGACCAUGCUGCUGCAGAUCAUGCUGGACGAGUUCGAGGUCAACGUCGAUGACGAGACCGGCUUUGAUGUCGCCGAGCAGAUCAUCAAACUGAGGGGUGACAUCGCCAAGGGCAACUUCGAGGCGGUCGACAGCCUCCGCAACAAGUGGGAGAGUCGCAAGGGCGCAAAGGUCGAGGGGCUGUACAAGAAGGUUGAGGGCGGCGACCAGGAGACCGACUGGGAGGACGACAGUGAGGACGAUGAGGAUGAGGACGUGGACAUGGACGACGCCCCGCAGCUCGUGCGUGCACCCAAGGAGAAGCCGGAGCCAGAGGUCGACGAGGACGGAUUCACCACGGUCACGAGGAAGAAGAAAUAA